AUGAACACUCCACAAUCGUCAAGUUUCGCCGCCUCUGAGUUUAUCACCGAAAACCCUGGAAAGCCAGUUGCCCAGAAGUACGUCCGAAGACGAGGCCUGAAUGACCAGAUAAAAUGGGUUAGGUCAUGGAUGGCCAAACUACCCCAAGGAGAUGAGGACUGGGACAACAACAGGCCUUCGACUCCGGAGGACAUUUUACGUUUGCAUAGUCGGCUAACCAUCUCCCACAUCGGAUCACGCCGAAACAUGGACUGGUACACUCUCCUCGAUACUUACGCUGCCGCCUCCAAGGACUUUGAACCUGGAAGAGAGACUCAAACACAUUGCAUGGUCAUGGUCGCAUUGUGUCAUGUGGCUCAUAGUCAAGGCCUUACGACGGACGAGGUAAUGACGGCCAUGGCAAAAUGCGUCAGUGGAGGAAGCGAUACACUAAGAUCCAAGCGAUUCGCACUACCAAAGUGUGUGCAGAUUGGAGAUGAACUUGAAAAAGUAUUGGGGCCGCGGGCAUAUGAGCUCCCGUUAAGAGUGAGCGCCUACUUUACCUUUGGCCAGCAUUUUACCACCGAAUGCUUCAAAAUCCUACGCGAAGAGUCGAUAUCUGCCCAUCGCCCGAAAAGCAGCCUACCGUCGGAGAUACUGAGGAUCCCAAAUCUCGUCUAUGAUUUUUGCGAUGGGAAAGUUAGAACAAGUAGAGAGGGCCCUGGAGCCAGGUCAGACGAGGUCGAAGGCGAAAUCGAGAUCGAAGUCAAGUUUAAGGGCGUCAACGACAAGAUCGACAAGCAGCUCAGAGAGCAGUGA